GGUGACUGCAAAAUCUCGUGCGCUGUCUUAGUAGCUUUACAGUAGUCUUUUCAACCCCCCAGAGGUUAAUAAACAAGUUAUCAUAAUGCCAGAAGGAAGAGGUUUCUCAUGGCGACAACUGCUGACAGUGGAACCUGUUCUGUUCCUGUAUGCAUUUGGUUUGUUCAUGAAUAUUCCAGUAUCGCAACAGUUUAUAUACCACAGGCUAAGUGAGGCAAAGGGAUAUCCUUAUCAUUUUCAGCAAGACACAGGGUGUGAGGGGAAGAACUUGAAUGAUUCCAUGAAAAAGCUUGAGAAAGAGGUGCAAACAGAUGCUUCAUAUGUCCAGCUAGGUAUUGUGAUGUUCUCUGCUCUCCCAUCUAUUGUCAUUACUUUAUUCAUGGGUGGAUGGACAGACAAAGUUGGCCGACGCCCUGCCCUGAUCUUGCCUACUCUUGGCAGUGCAUUAGAAGCUGUUGUAGUUCUCCUAGUUAUGUACUUGAAAUGGCCCAUUUACUGCUUGUUCAUUGGUGGAUUUGUGCACGGUAUUUGUGGUUAUUACACAACUAUCAUCUUGGCUUGUAUGUCAUAUAUUGCAGAUACAACAGAAGAGUCGAGAAUUGCCCUGCGGCUGGGUAUUAUCGAACUGAUAGUAUUUCUUGGCGGCAUGGUGGCUCAGUUGACCAGCGGACUGUGGAUAGAGAAGCUCGGUUUCAUCACUCCUUAUUGGAUCAUAUUUGGCUGCCACAUGGCCGCGGUGCUAUACGCCAUUUUCUUUGUUCCAGAAUCGCGCGCAAAAUCCAGUGAAAACACAGGCAGAUUAUUCAGCCUUCAGAACUUGAAAUCCAGCUGGAGGGUUUACGCCAAAGCCACAGGCAGCAGGGAAAGAAACCUAGUGGUUUUGACGUUUUGUAAUGGUUUCCUGGCGAUAGCUGUGAUGGGAAUUAAUGGCGUAGUGAACCUUUACACCCUUCACUCGCCGCUGUGUUUUUCGCCCAUGUUAGUGGGAUAUUUCCUGGCCUUUCGUCAAUUUAUGCACGGAACCGGUGGAGUGUCAGCUAUAAAGGUGUUAGGAAUGUGUCUCCCAGAUGCCGUUGUCAGUCGUAUUGCCAUAGUGUCCUACAUAGGAUUUUUGAUUUUCCUCGGAUUUUCCACCAACGAGUUCAUGGUUUUUAUGGCUCCCUUAGUUGGUAUCUUUGGUGGUGCAGGCCAGCCUGUUCUCAGAGCUAUGAUGUCAAAAAUUGUCAGCGAAGACGAUCAAGGGUCAUUAUUUUCCACUGUUUCCUCCAUAGAGAUGCUCUGCACUUUCGGGGGCACUGCGCUUUUCAAUUCGGUAUACCCCAAAUCUCUGAAAUUCGACAUGCCGGGAUUUGUGUUUGUGCUGGGAGGCACUUUGCUGCUGUUACCACUUCUGUCUACCUUUUGUUUGAGGGAUCAAGAAAUGUUUACGCGGAGAAGGAAGAUCAACAGUGAAAAUACAAAGGAUAGAGAAGACGAAGAAGAAGAACCUUAUGAGCCCGACUCCCCUGGUAUAUAUGUUCCCGACGAUUCCCCCAUCAUCCCUACAAUUAUAUGCAUACUACUAAGGCUAGAUGCAAGGGUGGGGUUGGAAGCGAGGCAUGAGACUGUGACUAUUGCGAGCAGGCUUUCGUUAGUGUUACGACACCAGCUGGGAAGCCUGCGGGUUUCGAGCCGAACCACAAUGCCGAAUCUGAAUUUGCCAAGAUGGAGACGUUACCUAACAGUGGAACCAGUCGUACUGUUUUAUACAUUUGGUUUAUUCAUGAGUCUCCCAGUUAUGACACAGUAUAUCUACUUCAGAGUCAGUGAGUUUAAGGGAUUUCCGUAUAACAUAUCGGAAACUUCAGAAAAAGGAUGUGUCGAAGAUUCUGGUGGAAACGGUACGUCUUUGGAGGAGCUGGAAAAAGAGGUGCAAACCAUGGCGUCUAGAGUUGACAUGGGAAAUGUCCUCUUUCAAUCUCUACCGUCCAUUCUAAUGGUCCUUCUUUUGGGUCCUUGGACCGACACCGGCGGAAGACGUCCCGCUAUAGUAGCCCCUCCCCUUGGAAGCGCAUUAGAGGCUAUCACUGUCCUGCUUAUAAUGUACCUGGAUUGGCCAGUGUAUGUGUUGUUUGUCGGCUCGGCGAUAAAUGGCUUCUCUGGAUUCUUUACAAUCAUGAACAUGGGUGCAUUUGCGUAUGUUUCGGAUAUAACAACCGAAGAAGGACUCGCCAUUCACAUCGCUGUUAUCCAGUUAGUGGUGUUCAUUGGCGGAGUUGUGAGCCAGUUGACCAGCGGUGCUUGGCUGAACAAACUGGGUUUCAUCCCUCCCUAUUGGUUUAUUUUUGCCUGUCACGUGGCCGGGUUACUCUGGGGGGCGUUCAUGGUACCGGAAUCAAAACAAGAAAGUCAGAAAAAAAGGCUCCGCUUCUUCAGCUUCGAUAGCUUUAAAGCAGUAUGGAGUGUGUACAAGAAGCCAAGAAACGGCGGAAGAAAAAACCUGCUCAUGCUUCUCGUCUCGGAUGGGAUAAUCACUUUAGGUGUUAUGGGUAUCAGCGGAGUAGUGUCACUCUUUGUCCUUCGCACUCCACUUUGCUGGGGACCAGGCACGCUAGGGGUGUUUAUGGCAUUCCGAUUCUUCAUGCAGGGUUUUGGUGGCAUCGCAGGAAUCGGAAUUCUGAAAAAGUUCAUGAGCGAGAUAAACGUUAUAAGAGUUGGCAUGGUGUCCCAAUGCCUUUCACUGGUUUUCUUCGCCAUCAGUGAUCGCACAUGGAUGGUUUUCUUAGUUCCCCUUAUUGGUAUAUUUGGCGGUGCUGUUGUUCCGUUGUACAAAGGGAUGAUGUCCAAGAUGGUUGAGCCUGAUGAACGAGGUGCCAUGUUUUCCUCGGUGGCCACGGUGGAUACAUUUUGCAACUUUUUGGGCGCAUUCAUCUUUAAUCCGAUGUACAUCAGAUCCUCAAAGUUUGGUUUUAGAGGGUUGCCGUUUCUUGUGGCUGCUGUACUGAUCAUCAUUCCGAUGAUCUUGACAAAGUUUAUAAAGAAUCCGGUGUCGUUUAGAAAGAUGACAGAAACUUCAACUGGGCCCGAAGUAGAUGAAGCAGAGGUAAAACUCGAAGAUAUACCACUUGACGAAGAUGGACCUCAAUCAACCGUUCUUUAGAAAUUGAUGUAUUUCCCGAAGACCAACAAUUACUUCAAACACGAUUCUAAAAUUUUUUCCUUGUUGGUGGAAGGACUAAACCCGACAAAUCUAUGACGCUAGUCAUGACGUCAUAGCACACGCAAUUCUGACUGAUUGGAUGUUACUUUCGAAGAGGAAGUCGUAACCAAUCAACGGCUAAUUUGAUAUCGGCAUGACUACGUCAUCAGAAGACCGAACCGUGAAAUCGUGAAAGAAGACAACUUUUUACUGCAAUCCAUACACCAUGAUAACUCUUUAACCCUAGGGAGCGACAAUAAAGGAAGGCUCGUGAUUUUUGUUCAAAUUCUCCACUUCAGCAACAUAAGAAGUUUAUGUGGAACAGUAUGGAGAAUAUGCUUACUGAUGUUGGUGUGUAAAGGGUUAAUGUCCAUCUCCUUUUCACCCAAUAAAGAUAAACUGUACUGUUAUUCAAGUCAAACAAACACACCUUUUUUUUGAUUACCAAAACACACUAUUUAAUAUCUUUAAAAAGGCUAUAAAUUCUCUAUCCCUCACUACAGAGCCAGUUGCAUGGCUCAGCUAAAACAUACUUAAAAAUUUCGGAGAAUAAAUCACUAAAAAUCUAACCACUAAGUUUGGAUGUCAAAUAGACCGUUAUCAAACCAUCUUUAACCAAACAUCAACUCCUUAAAAAAAUUGACCCUCUAUACCAAGCUUAAAAAGCCAUUUCCCGAAUUUUAAGCUGGACAAUAACUCUAUCUUUUUACAUUCCAAAUCUUACAGUAAAAUUUCGAAAAAUUUCUUACCACGCCUUUUUGGGAGGAUUUGAUUUGAGUUUUUCGGAUAAAAGUUAGUCAAGUGCUAGACAUGUGAAAAACUGCGCGAUUGGGCAAUAAAACGAGUUAAAAAUU